GCAAUAAUAAUAUAUCAACAACAAAACCAACAACAAUAAUAAUAACAACGGUCGUGCCUUAAAUAACGAACGUAGAGCAAUAGAAACAUAGGAAAAUCGAAUCGUUUGGCAAAAUGCCGCUGCUGUCGAAAUGCUUCCCAUGCUUCAAAUUCAAACGUGAAGAGGUCAUCGACAAGCUGGACUACAGCAAUACACCGCUCCAAGAUGCCUUUCCCGAGGUCUGGCAGCACGAAAGGACACUCGAGGAACUGCAUCUGAGCAAUGCGCGGUUGCAAACGUUGCCGCCGCAGCUAUUCUACUGUCAGGGAUUGCGUGUGCUGCAAGUGAACAGCAACAAUCUGGAGAGCAUACCACAAGCCAUUGGCUCGCUGCGCCAAUUGCAGCACUUGGAUCUGAACCGCAAUCUUAUUGUCAAUGUGCCGGAAGAGAUAAAGGCGUGCAAGCAUUUAACCCAUUUGGAUCUCAGCUGCAACAGUCUGCAGCGUUUGCCGGAUGCAAUAACGUCGCUGAUAUCGCUCCAGGAGCUGCUGUUAAAUGAAACGUAUCUUGAAUUCUUGCCAGCGAACUUUGGUCGUUUGGUCAAUUUACGAAUUUUGGAAGUGCGACUCAACAAUCUCAUCACGCUUCCCAAAUCGAUGGUGCGCUUGGUCAGCCUACAGCGUCUGGACAUUGGCGGCAAUGAGUUCACAGAGUUGCCAGAGGUCAUUGGCGAACUGAAAUCGCUGCGGGAACUGUGGAUUGAUUUUAAUCAAAUUCGCCGUGUUGCCCCAAACAUUGGAAAACUGCGCGAAUUGCAGCACUUCGAGGCCAAUGGCAAUCUGCUGGAUGCACUGCCCAACGAGCUGAGCAACUGGCGCAAUGUUGAGGUGCUGUCUGUGUGCUCCAACAAUCUGGAGGCGUUUCCCUUUAGUUUUGGCAUGCUCAAGUCGCUGGUCACCUUCAAAUGUGAAUCGAAUGGCCUCAGUGAACUGCCCGACAGCAUUAGCUAUCUGGAGCAGCUGGAGGAGCUGGUGCUUAGCCACAACAAGCUGAUGCGAUUGCCGAGCACAAUUGGCUCGCUGGUCAAGUUGCGCUUUCUGUUCGCCGACGACAAUCAAUUGCGCCAGCUGCCUGACGAACUGUGCAGCUGCAGCCAACUGAGUGUUCUUAGUGUGGCCAACAAUCAGCUAUCGGCACUGCCCCAAAACAUUGGGCAUCUGGGCAAGCUCAAAGUGUUGAAUGUGGUGAAUAACUACAUUAAUGCAUUGCCCGUUUCCAUGCUGAGUCUGGUGAAUCUCACGUCGCUCUGGCUGAGCGACAAUCAAUCGCAGCCACUAGUGCCGCUACAGUAUUUGGAUGCGAGCAGCAAGACGCAGCUGACGUGCUUUAUGCUGCCUCAGGUGACGUUCAAGAUGCAGGCACAGCAGCAACAGCAGGUCCAGGAGCAAUACGAGUUCGUUUAUGCCAAUCAUAACCAGCAACAGCCGGCCCAGCAGCCGCCAUCGAGUCCAUCGCGUCGCAUUUGCUUUGCCGAAGAGGCGACCAUUUUGAGUGCAAAGAAUGCGAGUAGUGCACCGCAACCUGCGCCCAGCUAUCCAGCCGCCAGUUAUGUGACGAAUGUGACGACGCCCGGCAAUCCGGAGCAGCAGCAGCUACCAGCUGGCAGCUCGGUGCGUUUAAUGCGCUCGCCCACGCCGUAUCCCAAGGAACUGCGUCAAAUGGCCAAAUAUAUGCGACAAGCACAGGCAGCAAAUGCAGCAGCAGCAACUUCAGCGGCAACAGAAUCCUCAUCGGUGGCAAUGGUGUCCACAACACCGUCCAGUGAGGUGCGCGAGGCGCGUGUCGUUGUGCCGAAUGGUCAGGUGGCCAUGACACACUGUGAUAGCAAUCAGGAUGCUGUGGAUCAUGCCGCAGCAAGUGCAAUAUAUGGUGUUGCCCCAGAGCCGGCACACAUCUAUGGGGUCUAUCAGCAGCAGAAGGCCACGCAGGAAUAUUAUGGUUUGCCGUUGGCCAACUUUGACACGACACACUAUCAGCCGCUCUAUGUGGAUGCCAGCACAGUUCCACACUUGUCCAAUGGCAGCGAACAGCAUUAUGAGCUACAGCCGUUGCAGCAACAGCAGCAGCAGCACCAACAACAGCACCAGGCGGUAGCGCCACCGCCACGCAUGGAACCGCCGCCGUAUCACAUAGCACGUGUGUACACCAAGAAGACGCCCGAAGAUCUAACUCUGUACGAGUCGAUGCGACAGCGCAAGCAGCUCCAACAACAACAACAACAGCAGCAGCAGCAGCAAUACGAGCAGAACAGCAGCUAUCAGGAUGCGUUAAAUAGCAAUUUUAAGACAACUGCAAUUAAUGCACAAUCGGAGCAGCUGGACUACCAAAACAACAUCAGCAUGGAGCAGCUUGAGCAGUUGGAGCAGCAGCUUGAACUGCAGCUUGAGCUGGACCGGGAGCAGGAGCUAGAGCAGCAAGAAGCAGAGAACGAAGAGGAGCAGCUACCGCUGCAGGAUAUAGAUGAUACAUUAUCGCAGCACUCAUUAAACUCCACGGCCACCAACAACACGUAUAGGGGUGGCAAGAAAUCGACGUGGAUCUUUGGUGUACACAAGAAUCCCACUGUGAAACAGGUGACACUGAAAUGGGAGCACAGCAUUGGCUUUGACAUAGCCGAGCUGCUCAAUCAGUCGGGUAUUUUUGUGAGCGCGAUUAUCCCAAAUUCGAAUGCGGCGCGUCUGCUGAGCCUUAAUGAUAAGUUGCUGGAAAUCGAUGGAUAUGACCUGACCAAUGCCAACCUGAGCGAUGCCAAACGUGUGCUGCUUAACAGCGGCACUGUUAUAAAUAUAAUGCUGUCACGUAAAUGAUAGCCCCAAAUUCCAUGCCCCAAUCCCACUUCCCCCAAUCCAAAACCAAUUCACUCCACUCCGAACCGAGACCGAAGACUUCUUGCAUAACAUUUUUCUAAAGCAAUUUUGAAAUACGCUAAUAUUAAAAAUAGCCUAUACAUCAUUAUAAUAUUAGCAAAAACUGCAUUUCCAAGCCAUAAACGUCCUUUACACUGGCGCCGUAUGCUUGUGUUUGCUACAGUCAGGCUUCCAGUUGAUGCAUUUCCCUUAGAUAGAAUCAGUUUAAGCUGCCAUUUACCAUUUACCUAUAUUUAUGUAUAUCGUAAGUAGUGAAGUGCAAUUUAUGAGUCCCUCACAUUGAAUUCUGUUGUUAACUUUGGUUAAACACAUAUCUUCAUUAUACGCAAGCAAGUAUUUAAAGUAUUUCGAACCUUAAAUUAAGUUAUAUAUCUAUAUAGAUAUAUAUGAUAAAGAAACUCAAUUUAAGCAAUUGUCCUCCACCUAACACUAUGCUAAAACUUGUUACUUGAAGCUGACAACUUAAUGACUAUUAAAUUAUGUUUCUUAGAUAUUUAUAAAACAAAAAGCAGAUUGCUGUUAAAUAUUCGAUUGGUAUUCAAAAUGAAGCAAUUUACAUUGUUUUUCAAAAGUUAUAUUAUUCCUUACUCUAAUUAAACAUAUUUAUUUGUAUCAAAUUCGUGUAGCUAUUACUUUAAGACUUUACCAUUUGAUCGCUAUUGGUUUCAUUAUCAUUUAUAAAUUGGCAGCCAGUGUAAUUCAAAGCAAACAUACAGAAAAUAUAAUAAAUAGUGCAAUUAGCGUUGAUAAUACGUACAUACAAUUACGAGUACCAUAUGGACGGCAUUUACAAAUAUAUAAUCACGUAUAUAC